UGAAUCACUGCUGAACCUGAAUACACAUAUGCAUUAUUCCAGAUGAUAAUAUAGUAUUUGUGAGCAUAUAUGUUGUGAGAUACUUUUUUUUCGUUGCACGUUUGUGCCUAUCUUUAUGUUACUGUGGGCUCUAGUGUUUACUUUUUCCCAAAAUGAAGCUUAAUGGUAUCGUUCGUCUUGUGAUAUACACGGGCUUGACGCUCUGCAUGAGCGCCUUUUAUGAUUCUUGGAGUUCUACUACAACCUUGCUCGUCCGUUUUGGAGUAUAUCGCGAUGUUUGUGUUGAGCCCCUGGAAGUUCCUGCAUCACCUGAUAUUCCGCUUUGUGAUGAGCAAUUGCAGAAGAUUAGUGGUUUGUUGAGUAUAUUCCGUAUAUCGGAGUUCGUCACUAGCAUCGGUGUAGGAGUGCUUAUGGACGUGUUAGGUACCAAGGCUUGUAUGUUACUUGGCAUUUCAAUGCGUAUAUUAUCUUGGUUACUUUUGGUUUACUUACCUCACUACAAUUGGAUAAUGAUUCUAGCCUGUGUCAUUUGUGGUAUAUCGGUGAACUCCAUUAUUUUCCCAGUGUUUACCAUUGCACGUUAUUUACCUCGUUAUCAGGAUAUGUCUAUGUGCGUUAUUUCUGCGUCUCUAUCUGCUGGUACAUACUAUGUACCUAUAAUUAAUGGCAUUUUGUCAUUAAUGUCUAAUGUUGAUAUGCCUGCAUUUGUAUGGGUCAAGUUACUCUUUACUCAUAUGCCUUGGUUGGUGGUAACUCUAUUCGUCUUUCCUCAUAAUCUGGCCAAGGACGUCGAGUUGAACUUGAAGGACAGCGAGUAUAAUGUAGAAACAGAUAAAAACGAUGAUGUGAAGGACAUGUCAUCUUGGAAUGUGCAGUCACUUAUUCGUUACAUUCUAAAUAUGGAGGUGUUGAUCAUCACAUUGGUUUUCAUUCUUAACUGUGUGAGCUUUACAUUUGUCCAGGAGGCUUACACUCAGGUAUAUGCUAACAACAAGACUGCGGAGCAUUUUAAUGGCAUCAUGGUUCCAUCGUCAUUUGUAUUUUCAUUACUAUUUAUGUGGGUGGUUAAUCGCUAUGGCGUUGUGAUAGUGAUGCUUGGUCUCAAUAUUAUUUCCAUGUUGUCUCAUGUUUUCAUGUUGAGUUCAUCUACUGUCUGUGGUAUAUUUACCAGCAUAUGCAUUUCAUUGGCUUUCAGUGGUUUUCUGACGUAUUACUAUAUAUUGCUUGAGCACAUCGUUGAUAUAUUGUACUCUGGUAGUAUAAAGGGCUACUUGACUACGGUUGGUGGUUUAUCGCUGGCUCUCAAUCCACUGAUUAACUUCUUGGUGGCUCGCUAUGACACUAUGAGCGCCUGUAACACGGUAUUUGUAGUUAUCCGCGCUUGUAUGAUUCUUCCAAUUCUCUGGUUAUUGAAGCGCGAGACUGAUCGCAGGAAGCACAUGCACGCUGUAAAGGCUGAAAUGCAUCCUUCUGCUUGUACAUCACGUUUGGACUCAUCUCACUCUUGCCAUGGCGGUGCUACUUGUGGGUGCCAUGCUGAGGUUGUUCAUUGCCAUCACGGGUCUCAUACUGCACCAGCCGACGCUGCUUGUAGCACGGAUGAUGCUCACCACGUCCACACCGAGCCCAAGGCCACGUGUAACGCUGAGUGUAUUACUAUAUCACAGGGAGCAAUGGCUACUGAGCCCGUAACUGAAGUUACCGUUGAUCGCAUGGAGAAGGUAGGAUCCAAUUCUGCAGAUGAUAAAGCCAUUGACAUACCCGGUGAAUCUCAGGAGUCGGAUUCCAAAUCACCAACAGAUGCUCCCAAGGAGCUAGAGGUCUAAUUUAAAUACAAAGCCUAUACAGGGUGUUCGGCUGAUAUUUUAAUUGCUAUAGCCAUGUCUACCCUAUAAUUCAGUGUUACUGCGGUUGUUCUAAAA